UAACAAACAGCGGCAGAGAGGAAUCAGAGAUGCAAUCCUCACUCUCAUGCUCUCCUGCAAAAACAAACUUCAAAAUUCAUCAUAAACCACAAAACCCAUCUCUAUCGUACCCGAAUGUCAUCGUUUCAUUUCCUAAACCUUCCAUUUCAUCAUCUUCCAACUUAUCACUAAGAUCCCUAUCCCAGAAAUUACCCGAUAGAAUCACCAACUUGCCGGCUUCCAAUCGUUUUCGAAUUCAUUGCGUAGUUUCAUCAGAAAGUAACGGUGCUGGCACCAAGAGAAGUCUCAGAGAAUGGGUUGAGUGGGUUGGUGAAGUGAUUUCCACAGCAUUUCCGCUAUGGGUUUCUUUAGGGUGUCUGCUUGGGCUGUUCAAGCCAAGUUCUUUCAGCUGGGUUACGCCCAAGUGGAGCAUUUUUGGUCUUACUCUUACUAUGCUUGGUAUGGGUAUGACUCUUACUCUAGAUGACCUUCGAGGUGCCCUUGCUAUGCCUAAAGAGCUUAUAUCUGGAUUUGUGCUCCAAUAUUCGGUUAUGCCCUUAUCUGGGUACUUUGUGAGCAAGCUCUUAAAUCUGCCAUCUCACUAUGCAGCUGGUUUAAUAUUGGUUGGCUGCUGUCCUGGUGGUACAGCAAGUAACAUUGUCACAUAUCUUGCCCGAGGAAAUGUCGCGCUUUCCGUGCUGAUGACUGCUGCAAACACUCUGUCAGCUGUGAUUAUGACCCCCUUUCUCACGGCCAAGCUCGCUGGGCAAUAUGUUGCAGUAGAUGCAGUUGGACUGCUAGUCUCAACACUGCAGGUUGUGCUUCUUCCUGUAUUGGGUGGUGCAUUCCUAAAUCAGUAUUUCCAUGGCCUUGUUAAAUUUGUUUCUCCUUUGAUGCCGACCAUUGCGGUUGGAACUGUCGCUAUUCUGUGCGGAAAUGCAAUUGCUCAGAGUUCUUCUGCAAUCCUUUCAUCCGGUCUGCAAGUGGUGUUAGCUGCAGCCCUUCUUCAUGCAUCUGGAUUCACCUUUGGCUAUAUCCUUUCAAGGGCACUCGGGCUCGAUGUAGCGUCAUCACGAACCAUUUCUAUUGAGGUUGGCAUGCAGAACUCGGUUCUCGGAGUGGUUCUUGCUACUCAGCACUUUCAAAAUCCAUUGACAGCAGUACCGUGUGCAGUGUCCAGCGUAUGCCACUCAAUAUUCGGUAGCUUGUUGGCCGGAAUUUGGAGACGCAAUGUGCCGAAGCCGAAGCCGAACCCCGAGUGACAACGACAUGCUAUGUCGAUUUUGUAUGCAUAUU